UGUAUCGCUGGACAGCGAUGAGUGCCUUUAAUCAAGGCUUCAACCUAUCUUUUCAGCCAUGUGAAUUGGUCGACAUCGUCGAACACGGGGAACUAAGUAAUCCUUUGGCAGAAUCUACAAUUACGGCCAGAUGAUCGUCAACAACAAAACUGAGCAGAGACUAUUGUUGUCUUAUUGCUCCUUCACCUGCAUCUACCUUCCCGGAAUCCUGACGCUUCUGAUGUUUAAUGAGAAUUUGUACAAUGUCGGCAAGUAUAAAUUCCUACCCGUGCUGAUGAUACUAACGUUCGCCGAGGUGAUAAAGCUGCUGUUUCCUAUGCUACAAGCGGAAUCGCCUACUAUAAUCAAGAUCGAGCAACGAGUCUCACUGAAGACUAAGAAAUCAUGGUCGAAGAUUCUGUUGAGCGUCAUCAAGUUUUUGAUCACUGCAUUCUGUCUAUUGUUGUCUUACUAUAUGAUAAUCAUACUGUUCGGUGCACCUAUUUUAAGUAAGUGCGAAGAGACAAUGACGCUAGUUAUCACUCUGGUCACAUUGACUUAUGUACCCACUAUUUUACAUCUGGGACUGGACAAUACAUUGGACGUUUUACUAAGGCAUUCUUCUGUGAAGAACAGUAUCCUUGUGAAUGCUAUAAAACUCAACAUAGGCUCGACACUGUUAGGCACUUGGCUGGGUGCUAUUUUUAUCCCUCUAGACUGGGAUCGCCCUUGGCAAGCUUGGCCGAUUCCUUGUGUUAUAGGUGCAUUAGUUGGCUACUUCAUCUCCCACUUCAUCACUCUCAUCAAGAUGCUUCCUACUCCUAAACUACAUAGGAAAAUCCAUCAAUAA